AUGGCGCACGCGACCAAGGGACAGCUCGCUGCACGAGAGACCGCGCGAGGUGGCGCGGACGACCGCGGGAGGCCGGCAAAGCAGGCUCUGCCGUCGCCGUCGGAGCACGCGAGGCUCGUCGCCACCAAGCCGGAGGCGAUCGUCCUCGAGGGCUACGAGGGCAGAGGGUCCGCGCUGUUCACCGCCGACCCGAGGGUGGUGGUCUUCAGGGACUUCGAGCCCGGCGGGACCUACCGCGCCGGCCUCACCGUUCGGAACACGUCCCCGGUGCCGCACCAGCUGAGGCUCGCGUCCUCGGACAGCGUGUGCUUCGCCGUGGCGGCCGCCCGGGGCUCGAGCCCGAGCGGGAGGCUGGCCGCGGGAAUGGCGCGCGCCUACGAGGUGCAGUUCCGUCCCGACGAGCGGCGAGACUACCUCCACGACGUCGAGUUCGCGGCGGAGACCGAGCGCUUCGCCGUUCCCGUUGUCGCCGUCGGACCGCGGGCGCUGCUCUCGUUCCCCGACGAGCUGCGCACGGAGCCGACGGCCGUGAAGGUGGCGCGGCUCGAGCCGGUCCUGCUGCGGAACGUCGGGGACGCGCCCACGGGCUUCAGCGUCUACACGGACGAGUAUGGCGCGCGCGAACGUCGACGCGGCGCACCGCGGCCGGCGCGAAUAAAGCAGCCCUCCGUUCCGCGCAGCUCCCGCUUCGCCGUCAGCCCGCCCCGGGGACACCUGGAGCCCGGCCGCGCGAAGCGGCUGCUCGUCGAGUUCCUGGCGGCCAGGCCGGGCCGCGCCAGCGCGCGGCUCUUCCUCCGGUGCGACGAAGGUGCGCGCUGCCCCGGGCCGUGCGCGGCGCCGCGGCUCUCACCGCGACGGCGCUCGGUUUCAGGGCCCACGCUGCGGAGCCUGCUCCACGGCGAAGCCGCGGAGUGCGACGCGGGACUCGCGCGGGAGCGCCUGGCGAUGAAGGACACCUACCUCGGGCUGUCCCGUCUCGCCACCGUCGAGAUUCGCAACGACAGCGAGUUCGCGCUCGCGGCCGAGUGGGCGAGGCACGCGAGCGCCGAGGAGGACGCGAGGGAGAUGGAGAGGAGGCUGCUGGAAACGCCGCCGGACCUGCUGCCGUCGGACGACGAGUCGAUCGCGCCCGAGGCGCGGGAGCUGGUCCGGCAGCGAGUGCUCUCCGACGCGGCCGAGGCGCUGGCGCGGGAGAGCUUGCCGUUCGACCACGCCGACUUCGCCGUUCGGCCACUCCGACUGCAAGCGCCGCCGCGCUCCGCGACGACGGUCACCUUCGCGUUCCGGCCGACAAGGGUAGGGGACGUCGAGGCUUGCGCCUACUUGGAGCUCGCGGGCUUGGAAAAUCGCGCCCGGCUGAGUCUUUCAGGAAAGUGUCUGGGGCCAGCGCUGCGACUGAACGUAUUGUCGCUGGACAUCCAAACUGUGUACUUGUGCUCGACGUACAACUACGAGAUAGUGUGCGAAAAUUUCGGACCGAUCCCCGGGACACUGGUGUACGUGGAGAAGAGAGCGGACUUCGGCUCCACGAUCACGGUGGAACCCAGCGAGGCGAAGGUCGACGUCGGCGAACUGAAACCGCUGAUCCUGAGCUUCUGCUCCGACCGCACUGGAGAAUUCGUCGAGCGCGUUGAUUUCGCGAUCAAGGAGAGUUCGGACAGGCUGUCGUUCGUGCUCAAGGGCCGCGUCAUCUGCCCGCUGGUGAAGAUCCGCUCGAGCGAGCUGAACUUCGGCGCGGCCUCCGUCGGCUUCACGACCAAGCGGAAGCUCUGGAUAAAGAACCUGUCGCACGAGAGCGUGCACUUCGAGCUCGAGGUCCCGUCCGACGGCCACGAGAGCGCGGUCUCGUACCUCGACUUCUCGCGGGCCCUGACGAAGCCCACCUUGCCGAGGUGCCCGCGCGAGUUCCACGCGAGCCCCAGCGAGGGAUGCAUCGAGCCCGAGAGCUGCCUCUGCAUCGAGGUCCGUUACACGCCGAACGUGGCGCGUUCCGGCGUCACGCAACUCUUGGUGAACGCCUGCCGAAGCCUUUGCGCUCGUCCGCUCGUCGUUCCCGUGAGUUACGACGCCCGGCGUGCGGCUUUCGAGGUCAGUCCAGCGGCAAUUCACGUCAGGUUCUGUUUCGUCAACUUCCCGUACUGUCGGACACUGACCAUCGCCAAUACCUCGGAGGCGCACGGAUAUUUUCACUUCGUUCCGCAGGAGGUCUCAGCCGACGACGAGGUGCUGUACUCGCUGUCGACGUACCAAGGCCACUUGGCGCCGGGACGCUGCGCGGAAAUCACGCUGACUGUCAUCGUGCAGGAGAUCGGCGAGCACAAAGUUGAUUUACACUUGUUCGGCCUUGGGUUCGAAACGCCGGUCAAGUGCUGCGAAAUCACGGGCCACGGCGAAGGGCCGGUAGCUUCGGCGGAGCCCUCCCGGCUGAACUGGGGAGAGAUCCGAGUCCUGCAGAAGCGAUCCUUGGAUUUGAAGCUGACUAACGAUUCCCCGAUUUCAGCGAGAUUCACGGUCACCGUCAACAAACACAAGUCGAUCUGGAACGCCGAACCGUCUUCUGGCGAGUUAAGUCCCUACGAAUCUAUCACGCUGAAAGUUGGCGCUUUCCUGAGAGACACGGGCAAGUUUUCGGAUCGACUGUCCGUCACAAUUUUCAACGGGCAGACUAUAAACGUCGGAUUAUCGGCGGUCGGCGUUGGGUGCUGCAUCGUGUUCGAGCCUCCAAUUUUCCCGGAGCUCAAUAUCGGCUGUCAGUUCAGCCGGCAAGACGUUUGCGUGCCGAUAAUCGCGAAGAACGAGGGCACGAGGAGCCAGCAUCUGCUGCUGACGAACGUGGAGAGACCUCGCCAAGCGAAGAAAGCCCCGGCGGAGGAGAGCAAAAGCAGCUUGUUCAGCAUCGAGCCGAGCGAGAUCGAAGCACUGCCCGGAUCCAGCCAGAAGAUCCACUGUAAAAUACGAUGGAACGCAAACGAAACGGUCGAGGAGCAGUGGUAUCUGCACGCGAGGAUCGAGGGCCAAGCCAAACGCGAAUUACUCGGCAGCAGCCUGUUCACCGCGACUUUUACGGAGCCCGACGUUUCGUUCGACAAGGGCGAGCUCGCUUUCAGGCUCGACUUCGCGCACGAUCGUGAAAGCAUUCGACAGCUCGACGAGAUCGUUGUGACGAACCGAUCGGGCCGCGACUUAAGCGCCCGUUUCACCGUCGAUUUUCCCUUUCGCAUCGUCGAGGAACGCAACUGCCACACCGAUCGCGUGGCAGCAACCUUGCGAAACGACCGACCGCUCGGAUUGCGAGUGUACUUUCCGUACAGCGGCGCUUGCGCGGAGCCGUCGCCCAAAGUAUUCGAGGGCCUCUUAACGGUCGAAUACGACGAGCACAAGCAAAUCGAUAAAAUCCCGUGCAGAGCAGAAGUCAACUACCCGCAUUUGACCAUUGUACCCGAGGAAGUGAAUCUCUAUUGUCCCACCGGACAAGUCGCGGAAGAGAGGGUGAGAUUCGCGAACGACACUGGAGUGCCGGUGAUCUUUAAGAUCGAAUGGCUGAGGGACACGUUUUCUUGUCGCAGCUUGUCCUCGAUGGCAGAGGGCGAGUCCGAAGGUUCAAGCGAUACGCACAAGUCAGCUUCUACCGCGUCCUCGCCGAAGAGCGGCCGGCUUGACGGUAUUCCUGCAAGUUCGUGGUGGCUCGAGGACGCGCGCGAAGGUGCCGAGGAAGCCCCGAGCGUCAGCGAGCAGGAGCAGCCCUCGACUGACCAGCUCGACAGAUUUCUGCGAGUCUCGCCGCAAGAAGGCCACGUGCCGCCUCGCUCGGAGGGCUACCUGACGUUCACGUUCCACGGGUUCCAGAGGACGCGCGUCGCGGCGCGCUGCGUCUGUCGCGCGGAGAGGGGCUCGGCGACGGUUCUGAGCGUGCGCGCGAUCGCCGACGACGUCAGGUGCGAGCUGCAGAGCGAGGCGCUGGACUUCGGACUCGGGCUGUUCUGCGAGCCGGCGACGGCGGCGCUGAGCCUCUGCAAUCGGUGCGCCAUCCCGCUCGCGUGGACGCUGGACUCGAGCUCCGAGUGCCUGACGCUGGUCGACGGCCCGGCCGUGCUCGCGCCCGACGCCGAGAGCGCGAUACGCGUCCGGCGGAGUCCCACGGCGCCCGGCCUCUUCAGCGAGAAGAUCGUCCUCGACGUCGCUUACCUGGAGCCGUACGUGAUCGACGUCAGGUGGCUGGCGACCAUGCCCCAAGUCUACCUGGACGCCGCGCGGGACCGGGAGUUCGAGAGGCAGCCGGCCGGCUACGGCUACGAGGCUGUGCGCAUGCUCGCGGCCGAGCGCGCCACGCGCGACGAUCGAUUCGUCGAGACCGCCGCGCGCUCGCCCGACGAGCGAGACGCCGUGGCCUCGGAUGAAACGGAAUUCGGCGCGCGCGAGUGGACGCGGUUGAUCGAGGACGGAUGGCAGAUCGUGAGCAGAAGCGACAACUACCCCAGCCGAAUAGACAUCGACAUGGCGUUCGAGCGCCGUCUGGCGAAAAGCUAUCUGGAGGCAGCGUCCACGGCCGUAGCGGCGCCGACUUACACCAUAGACGUGGGCUGCGUGAUCGUGGAGCAGCAGUCGGCUCGGCUGACCGUGCCGUUGAAUAAUUACGGCUACGAGAAGGCCAAGGUCGCUCUGAAGAGCGUCAACAAAGUGCGAAAACCCAGCGAGACUUGCUUCCACGUCGAGUUGGAUAGGAAUACGGAGAUCUGUCAGUGCGAGAGUGCCCUGUUGAGCGUCGCCUUCAGACCGAGGAGAAAAAUUUUCACGCGCGCGCGCACCGACGCGUCCUAUAAAUUUCAACUCGAGGUGAAGCAUGGACUGACCAUACCCGUGGUCGUCAAAGCCGCCGCUGUCUAUCCGCACGUCGCGGUGAACCUAGAAAAUUUGGAUUUCGGAAAGGUCUUCGUUGGCCAGUGCAGACGAAUGAGUCUGACGUUGAAAAACGACGGUUUCGUCGAUUGCCACUGGCUGAUCUCGCUGGCCAACGCGUCUGACGCUCCGAAAAAGUGCGAGGAAGAUCCGUUUUACGUCGGACGCGCUAACGAUAGAUUCGCACCAGGACAGGAGGAAACGCUAUACGCCUACUUUAGGCCGUCGCGAAAUGGAAUACAAAAAUUCAAUUUGACGAUCACGGUACUGAACGGUCUCGAGGCCAUCACGAUCGGUCUCACUGGCUGCGGAAUUGAGCGCAGAAUUUUGAUUAAUCGGACGAAAAUCAAGUGCAGCCCGGUGGUUCCCAAUGUGAAUGUCGCGGAAAACUAUUUCACUAUUAAAAAUCUGAAUUCGUAUCCGAUCGAGGUUUAUUGGGAUCACUUGGCCGAUUUCUCUCGAUCAAAUCGAAUAGUUCGUCUACUCAACCACUACUACGGCACUUACGAAGUCUUGAUACCAGAAAGGAAACUCGGCGACGCAAUGCUGUCGAUUUUUCAAGAUUUCUACGACAAACUCAUCUGUCAAAUGUGCACUGAUCAACAAUUCAAGCCUAUCGUUGAGGAAUGGUUGGGCUUGGAUAACGGAUCGAUGAACGGCAGCGAAAAAAGUGGGAAAGCGAAAAAAGACAAGUCCGUUGCUGACUUGAAGAGGUUGAACGCUAAACAAUUGGUUGAUAAGAAUGAAUCGGAAAAAUUAAUUACGGCUGUAACGAUGAGAGAUCCAGAGGAAGUGAAAUUCCUUUUGGCAGAGUAUACUUCUAGAUUGAAAGAGCGGCCGAAUUAUAUGGAAGGUAACGAUCCGCUGGGCGAACUUUACAGAUUGACUGAUAAAGAAAGUCAAACGGAUGCAGCUGCUAACGAGCCUGAAGAGCGGGCGAAGAACCUCAUCGUUAUUUUCUACGGACCGUCAUUUACAGAGCCACAAGAAACUGCCUGUCGAGUUGCAAAAACUCUGAAACUUCCACUUGUCAACCUCAAUCAAGUAUUCCUCGAAGCUGUGGCCUCAAGCCUAACUGACAGUGCGAAAAAGCUUGCCGAUCAACUCGACCAUCGAUACAAAGAGCUCACAGUCAAACUUGAAAAGCUAAAAACCGUACUUUUGAAAAAGAACGCCAACAGCGCUACCGAGUUGCUCAAAUUAUCCCGAAAAAUUCCGCCGAAGGAAGCACUAGACAGCAUGGAUGCUUACGAUCGGUGCGAGCUCAAAUUAGAGAUUAUAACGUCGGUAAUGAAUUUCUUGGAGUCGAAUGAACUGUUUGGCGCCCCGUCGGUGAAAGAUAGAGCCAGUGUUACAAGUCAUGAUGUGGUUGGCAAGAGACAAAGUGUUCUGGUCUCCGUUGGUAGGGAUACUUAUCAGAAUAUUCUUAAAGAAAGAUUGUCAUUGUCGAAGUUCGAUGGCGGUUAUGUGUUGCAGACGUUGAGCAAUGAUUUUUUGAGAAACGAAGUCACUACGAUGAAAAUAUUGUUGGAAGCUACUGGGAAUGUUAAAAUGCGAUUAUUGGUUACUUUUUAUAAGCAGCCUGGAUCAUGUGACUAUGAAGAUUACAGGAUGAAUGAUGAAAAAUUUUGCAAUGAUAGUUCUGAAUUAUCUUACAAAGUUUUGACUGAUUACCAGAAUGACUUGACAAAACUAGUGGAAACUAUCAGCAGUUGGGAAAAGGGAUCCCCAGAGCCAAGCAAAAGCGCAAAAGGCAAAGAUAAAAGUGAAUUGCUGAGCAAUUCACUUACAAAUCUAUCAGAAUCAUUUUCUAUUUGGCACAUUAACAUCUCAAAAAAUAAGCAAGCUUACGACGCAAUGAUUUUGCAAUUAAAAUCCAUUGCUUCUUAUUUAGAAGACAAAAAUGAAUCAACGCCCUACGUACCAGAAUCUAAAACAUUUUCGAUACUUAGAGAAUAUAAAAAUGAAUCUAUACCAGCCGAUAUUUUCUUGCUAUCGAUGUUGGACGCAAACAAUGAAGAUCAAUCCUUAGAACCUCACUGGAUACUGUCACCUCGAAAAUCACAGAAAUUUAAAGUAAACUUUCAAGCGUCCAAAUCGGGUCGAUACGAGAGUGAAUUUUUCUUGAUUUUACUGGAUAAUCCAGCCGCCACUUUCAAGAUUAGUGUCGAAGGUGUCGCUGAUAUUCCAAGAUUAGAUUUCACGCCAAUAGCAAUUUUCAACGCUGUGAAAGAUACUAAACUCAGCGAUGUACACGAGCCAUGUUAUUUUUUGGAUACCGAAGUAUAUGAUUUUGGAUGUCUACUGGUUCUUAGCGGUGACAAGUUCCACAAAAGAAGCACGCAGUUUAAAUUUAAAAACAUAUCCGCGGUGCCGGCUAAUGUGUCUUUUUCGCUAGCAUCCGAGAGCUACGAUUGUUUCAAUAUAUGUCCUCGAAAAAUCGAAAUACAGCCUAGCGAAACUGUCGAAAUUGAGGUGACAGCUUGCUCUUCAAAUAUCGGUAGCAACAACGACACUAUCAUAGUCACGACCGAGAACAACGACCAACCAUUACGGAUAAACGUGAAAUCAACCGGUGUGAAGAUGCAUGUUGAAGUCGAGCCCCAACAUCUUGAUCUUGGUCGUAUUAUACUUGGCAGAAUAGAAAGACACGCGCUGACGCUGCGCAAUCAUUCAGCGGUGACAAUUCACUGGCAUCUCACAUGCGAUUCCGAAAUCUCAUUCAUACCUUCUAAUGGGAAAAUUCGUGCCAGAGGAAACUGCGACAUCGAACUUCAAUAUUUUGCAAGCAAGGUUGGGUCCAAUACAACAUUCUUCAACGUCGCUUGGUGCUUGACAGAGGAUCAUAACAAUCCAAUAACUGUUGACAAUGUUGCUGUAACUGCCGAAACUUAUGAAAUAUUGUAUGACGUUACCUUGGAACGUUCGAUCGAUCUGGGAAACGUUCCUGUUGGAACCACUGCUAACAAGUCUUUUACUGUAAAAAAUUUGGGUCCUUACAAGUUUGAAUUUUGUAUAUCGCGUUCAGAAGAAACAGUAUUAAAGAAGGGAGCUGAAUUUGAUUUCCAGUGUUAUCCACUAACAGGAUUGGUGUUGCCAAAAAAACAAAUUGAUAUCACCAUAGUUUACAACCCAACUAUCGAAUUCAAAGUGCAAUCCGGUAGUUUUUUCAAUCUCGACAUUAUCGAACCUUAUAAAAAUAUUGGUAUCAUCGGUACUUCUAACAUUAAAGUAUCUGCAAUCUCGUUCUUUACGAAAUUUAUCAUAGAGCCCUACCCGAAUAUAAACUUCGGUACUAUGGCGUUAAAUUCAACAAAAAGCAUGCGACUGAAGAUCAAGAACAUCGGGAAAUUUCCAUUAAUCUACGCAAUCGCCACACAAACAUCGUCUAAUCAACUUCAACCUGAAGCUCUACAAAGAGAUUCUAUCUCGAAAAAGGCCAGAAAAUCCGUUCAAAGUGAAAAAGCUACCAACAAACGAGUAAGUAGCAUGGCAAACUUCCGUCUAAAAUGCGGCCCUUUUAGCCUUGACAAAUUCCAAGGUGACUUGGACGUAGACAAAGCUGAAGACAUCAAUGUCCAAUGCUCAUCGGACGUGAUCGGAAAUUUCGAGGAGAAAUUGUCCGUCACCGUAAAGAAUAGUAAAGAAAUUCGUGAGAUUAACCUAUCCGCGCAUGUACGCGUUGCUGAAAUUGAUUUCCAAGACUACGAGACAAUUUUUGCGGGGAGUCAUGUCGUUGCUACGACCAAAGAAUUAGAAUUGUUGAAUGAGCCAAACCCCCACACAGUUUAUUCAGUCGCCGAACAUUGUCUUUACUUUCGUCGAGUAUGUGUUGGAGGCCAACAAGUAGCUACAGUAACUUUGAAAAAUGUUGGACUUAUUGAAGGAGACGUUUCGAUCGAAGUUACCGACAAAACUUUCAAACUCGAUGUUAAUAAAUUAAACAUCCCAGCUAUGAGUAGACAAACCUUUUCUGUUAUCUUCGCACCUGAUCGCAUAGAUAAUUUCACGAGUUCUCUGAAGAUUACGCUUGAUCUACCAUCGACUUUAGAAACUGAAAGUCUAACGAUAGAUCUUGUGGGUGAAGGCUUCGUACCCCAAAUUAGUAUUAUCGAUCCAACAGCAGACGAUGGCGGUGUUUUCACAUUAGAUUUUGGUUUAUCGUACGUUUGCGAAUGGCAAGAAAAAUUAAUACAAAUAAAAAACGUCAGUGAAAUUUCUGCCAAAGUCGUCAUUGAAGCAAUUGAUGAUCAGAAUGAGAAUUGCCAAGCUCGCUUUGAAAAUGAGAAUCGAUUAGUAUGUGGAUGUGUUGGUGACGAAAAUGAUGCACGAAAGCCGACGUUCACGAUCGAACCGUGCGAGAUCCAGCAAAUAAAAGUCAACUUUUUCCCGGUGAAAUGCGGGAAGUACGACAACUGUCUGAAAAUUUUCGUCAAGAACAAUCCGUACGAGAUAUUCGAGGUAAAGGUGAAGGGAGAAGGAUUUUGUAAGCCUAUUGUUUUAGAAAAUUUAGAAAUAAUUGAUGCUCUGCCGAUCCAAAAUUCAUACAGAGCGUCCAAACAGAAAUCACAGAAACGACUUUCACUAACUCGUUCGAGUUCGAAAAUAUUAAAUCCACCUCCACUUACCUACAAACUCGACUACGGCAAAUGUUUUUUGAACAAGGCCUACAAAAUUAAUUUUAAGAUAACGAACAAAACAAUAGAUCGCUACUACAGGUUUCAGUGGGCAUCGUGUCAAAAUAUAACUUGUUCGCCAGUUGCCGGCCACGUGAUGCCCGACAGUUUUAAAGAAAUCACAGCUACAUUCAUUGCUUACGAACCGACUUUGUCAUCACACCUGCCACUUGACUGUACAAUUCACGAAAUCAUUCUGAGUCAAGUAUCAAUCAGCUGUGUAUGGGACACAAGGCAAACUGAGGUUAUGUGGACAAAGAAUAGUCGUUCUCUUAAUGAGUGUGAUACUUUCGACGAGGAAGAAGUUUACUUUAAAAAGUUGGUGACAGAAAGCCGAGAGCCUGCAUACAACUUGGUACCGGAAUCUUUGCAAAUAAUGCAAUUAUUAGUCAGUGCAGCGGCUGAUUAUUCGGAUUAUGACUGUGACGUCAACUGUAUUAAUUUCGACGAUACUCUGAUGUUCCAAACUAAAGAACAUAAAAUUAAGCUUAAAAACCCAAGUUCGGUGAAUCUCAAUUAUACUUGGGAAAUAACAAUGGACGAAUGUUAUCCGAUCCGUCUGGAUCAACUACCAUUACGAAGGACUGAUAGCACCGAGUCCGAACCAGCACCACCACCAAACAGUCAAACUCCAUUGAAAAAGACAGUAGACAUCUGCACUCCAGUAUCUCAACAGUUAUCCGAUCUAUUCAGUAGCUCAGCUGGUAUGACAAAUCGCAGCACUGACAGCUGGAUCGAAGGUGACAACUGGCCUUUCGAAAUUGUUCCUGAAUCCGGUAGUAUCGCACCUGAUGAUGUUAUCGAGUGUACGUUGAAGUUCAAGCCUCUCGACGUGUUCAAGUACAAAGCUUACUUAUGGUGCAGAAUGGAAAAUUUAAAUCCAAGGAGAGAUCCAUUGAACAUCGUGGUGACGGCAACGAGUCUAUUGCCUUAUUGUCACUUUGAAAUCGAACCGAGUGAUUACCUCGACAACCGAGACAUUCAUCUUCCACUACCGAUUGGUUACAGUUUAGCAGAUAUGACGAGGGUUGUGGAAUAUCGCGUGAUAAGCGUUGAACAAUGCCACGCGAGAUCUUUGUACUUGAUCAAUCCGACGACUGAAGAUUACAGCUUUCGGUGGUCGCGAUUGUCGAUCGAAGACGACGACAACCCGUUUGUAAUGCAGUGCUCGCAAGAGAAUGGAUUCGUCGAGCGCGGAAAAAGAACGAGAACGACAUUUAUUCUCGCGCCGAAGCGCGUCGGCACUUUCGAAACCUUCUGGACGUUCGAAAUCGACAAGUACGAUUUGAAAGUUCUGUUUUUGAUAGUGGCGCAUGUUUGCGAGCCAAGCGUGACCUGCAAGAAUACUUUGUUGAAACUACCGACCGCGACGAUCGGUGACGUCAGAACAGCGACGUUCAAAAUGACGAAUAACGAGACUUGCUGUUUGAAAUUCUGGGUGGAUGAGAAUUCGAUGUUUUCUGACGGCAGACUUCAGAGAAUUAUCGUUUGUCCGUCCACCUGCGUACUCAAGCCAAAUGCAUGUCAAAUAUUCUGCGUCGAAUACAAAGCGUCGUUAAUCGGAGAACAUAAUUUUAAAGUUCUGUGUUACGUUGAAAAGCUGAAAGAACCAAUGAAAAUUUCAAUUAUCGUGCAAGUGAAAAAUGUUCUGACAACUAUCGUUUACACGAAUUCUGAGGGGCUGGAGAUAAAAUUGGAUGAAUCUUCUGAUAACAAGAUUGAUUUUAGUGGGUUUUUAUUAAAUACAUCAACAAGGCUACCAUUCAAAAUAAUAAAUUCAGGCGAAUUGCCGUUUGAUUACCAAUGGAACCUGUCUACACGCGAUCAGGACAAAUUAAAAAUAUGUUUAUCUGAAUCAAGAGGUACGGUUGAACCAGACACCCACGAACUCUGUUAUCUCGAAGUUACUGCCGUACAGAAAAUUAAAAUUUGCAAUUACAACAUUAACUUGGAGAUCAAGUCUGGGCCGAUUUAUCGUAUAAAAUUGAACUCCGAGGCGCAAAAUCCUCCAUUAGAAUUCAGUUUUGAACAUUAUGACUUUGGCCCUUGCUACAUAUUUGAGAGAGGCACGAGUAAACUAAAUACCGUGGAUCUUUUCAUAACGAAUCACCAAAAAAUACCUUGCAUCGUCAAAUGUAACAGUGUCGGCAGUGCACAUUUGUCGUUGAAUUUGGAAGAAAUAGCUCGAGCAAUACCUCCAAAUGAUUCAGUUCGAGUGAUCGUCAAUUUCACACCAGAUUCCGAAUCUUUUUACGAAGAAACUUUGAAUUUUUAUUCAAUGCUAGCCGACGGCCCAGCGCAAAAUAACAUUAGAAUUCAAGGUGAAGGCAUCGCUUACAAGAUACGCCUGAAGUACCCGUGCGACGCGCUGCUCGACUUCGGAAACGUCAGACUAGGCAAAUCGACGUCCCGCAAAAUCACCGUCGUCAACGCGGGUCGUCUGCCGGUACGACUGAGGCCUGUCGUAAAAGGAAUCGCGGAUGCGAUGAAAUUCGUAAACGUAUCCCCGAACGCAGUCAAAGAUCUAAAGCCAAGCCGCGAACUGACGGUGACGGUAGUGUUGAAGGGUAUCCAGCGCAUAAAGUCACUCCAAGCGGAAGUUGGCUUCGAACUGGAUGGCGCCGACAGUGUGCUACUGACGACGUUGAGAGCCAACUGCGUCGGAGCUGACAUUCGAUUGAACCGAGAGUGUAUCUCGUUUGGUGUGGUUUACGAAGGAUGUACUGCCGAGGAGAAGCUGGUUCUCAUAAACGACGGUGAUGUCGGAUCGCGAUUCAGUUGGAACGUCGACAAGACCAAGUCAGGUUUUUCUAUUAGUCCGACGUGUGGAUUUAGUUCUCCUGGUAGGGAAGUGAUUUUCGUUUGCUACUACGACCCUUCUGAUCAUUGCCAGACUAAGGCUAUUUUAGAAUUAGAGGAGCUUGAAAAUCUAUCGAUCGACCUUUUGGCGAGCACUUGUCAACUUCCAGAAGCAAGAGAGAUCAUCAACUUUAAGACGGAAAUUCAACAGUCACAAACACGAGAAAUCAGUAUUUUCAACGAUUCCAAUCAAAGAUGGCACUUGAGACCCAAAAUAUCCGGAGACCAUUUUGCGUCUACGGCAACGCUCAGCGUAGAUUCAAAAACUAGUGAGAUCUACAUCAUCACUUAUGAUCCAAAGAAACUGACUACUCAGGAAACUAUCGAUGAAGGUAAAUUAAUCAUUCCUCUCCCCGACGGGAGACAGCCACUCGUGUACAGCUUGCAGGGUCGCUGCGCACCUGCCACUAUAUCGCAAAAACUCAUCCGGACCGUUCCGUGCAAGAAAAAGCACAUUGAAAAUCUUCUGAUUUAUAACAAUACCGACAGUACGAGAACUUACGAUAGUUUGGUGGAACGAGACAACAAAAGGGUCGAUUGCGGAAUUGCCAAAGUGCGCGUGCCGGCGAACUCGAGCAAGCGCUGCAAGUUGCCGCUAUACUUCGAGGAGCCAGGAAAGUUCAGUUACAAAGUGACGUUCCGCGACAACCAAGACAAUUGCCAAUACUUCGAGAUAGACUACGCGGUCAGCAGCCCCGAGAUAGAGAGCUCCAUAGAUCUCGUGACGUUCGUUCGCGCGUCCGCGUUCGCGUCUCUGAGAAUCGGCAAUCCAUCGCGGGACGAGGUCUCGACGUUCGACGGCGUUUGCAGCAGUCGAGACGUCGUGUUACACGGGCUGCCAAGCGUCCUGAGGCCACUUGCUUACAAAAACGUGCGGAUAGAGUAUCGGCCGCUGACGCCGCGCGACGGCACGGCGAGCCUCGAGAUCGCGAGCAGCUCGUUGGGGAGCGUCUUCCACGAGCUGCGCUUGACGGCCAAGCCAGCUCCGCCGGAGCCAACGACUCGCGUGACCGCGCGACUGGGAGGCUGCGCGGACUUCUCGCUGACGAUCAGGAAUCACUCGACCGAGCCCGCGCAAUUUUCCCUGGAGGCUGGCGAAGCGUCGUUCGCGUGCCCGAGCCCCGUCCACGUGGCAGCGAGCGACGAGCGCGUCGUGAGGAUCAACUUCGAGCCGCACGGCCUCGAGAGCGUCAGCACCACGAUCAGAGCGAGCUCGGACACCGCCGGCGAGUUCGCCUUCCCGAUCGUCGGUCAGUGCGUCCCGCCCCAACCCCAAGGCCCGUUCCUGGCGAGCGCGCGAGCGCCGGCGUGCAUCGACUUCAAGAACGUGUUCCUGGAGCCGACCACCUUCCGGCUGGCCGUCGACAAUCCGGCCUUCGCGCUCGACGCCGACCAAUUGACGCUGGACGCCAAGCAGGUGAGAGCGCGAACGGCGGGGACUCCCGGUCCGCCGCCCGAGCAGGCCUACGAGGACGCCGGCGUGACGUUGCAGAGCACCAGGAUCGCGGUCAGAGUGGCGGAUUGCGAGCGAGCGCUGGAGACCGGCAGGCUGCUGCUGCUGACUUGCGCCUCGAGCGCCAAGUGGACGUACUACUUGAGAGCGGAGCGCGACUGA